AUACAGUGCAAAACUGGGGGAAGUUCAGAACAAACCUCAAAGAGAGAGAGAGAGAUAGGAGAGAGAGAGAGAGCUCUGAAUCUGUGAAAAAAUGGUGAAGCAAGGAGAGGGGCUUAGGCAGUACUACUUGCAGCACAUCCAUGAUCUACAAUUGCAGGUGCGCCAGAAGACCCACAAUCUCAAUCGUCUUGAAGCCCAACGCAAUGAUCUCAACUCCAGAGUUCGGAUGCUUAGAGAGGAGUUGCAGCUGUUGCAAGAGCCAGGCUCAUAUGUUGGUGAAGUGGUGAAGGUCAUGGGGAAGUCCAAAGUUCUGGUUAAGGUGCACCCCGAGGGGAAAUAUGUUGUAGAUAUUGAUAAGAACAUUGAUAUAACAAAAAUUACACCGUCCACCAGAGUCGCUCUUCGUAAUGAUAGCUAUGUUCUUCAUUUAAUUUUGCCCAGCAAAGUGGACCCUCUGGUUAACCUUAUGAAAGUUGAAAAGGUUCCUGAUUCUACUUAUGACAUGAUUGGUGGCCUUGACCAACAAAUCAAAGAAAUAAAAGAGGUCAUUGAGCUGCCAAUCAAACAUCCAGAACUAUUUGAGAGCCUUGGAAUUGCACAGCCGAAGGGAGUCUUACUUUAUGGACCUCCUGGAACUGGAAAGACGCUGUUAGCUAGGGCUGUUGCUCACCAUACAGAUUGCACAUUUAUCAGGGUUUCUGGUUCUGAGCUGGUACAGAAGUACAUUGGAGAAGGUUCUAGAAUGGUUCGAGAACUUUUUGUUAUGGCUAGAGAACAUGCGCCUUCAAUCAUUUUCAUGGAUGAGAUCGACAGUAUAGGAUCUGCUCGCAUGGAAUCUGGGACAGGCAAUGGGGAUAGUGAAGUCCAAAGAACCAUGCUUGAACUCUUGAAUCAACUCGAUGGAUUUGAAGCAUCUAACAAAAUCAAGGUUUUGAUGGCCACGAAUCGAAUUGACAUUCUUGACCAAGCGCUUCUUCGGCCUGGCCGCAUUGACCGGAAGAUUGAAUUCCCAAAUCCUAAUGAGGAGUCUCGUCUGGAUAUUUUGAAAAUUCAUUCGAGGAAAAUGAAUCUCAUGCGGGGAAUUGAUCUCAAGAAGAUUGCAGAGAAGAUGAACGGUGCCUCAGGGGCUGAGCUCAAGGCGGUUUGCACGGAAGCUGGAAUGUUUGCGCUUAGAGAACGCCGAGUUCACGUUACCCAAGAGGAUUUCGAGAUGGCAGUGGCCAAGGUUAUGAAGAAGGAAACAGAGAAGAACAUGUCAUUGAGGAAGUUGUGGAAGUGAGAAGGCCUUCUCUUUCUCAGCAAUUGAAAUCUGUUCUGUGUUUCGUUACUCGGAUAUUCAGCUCUUGUAUAUGUCUGGCCUUAAUUGAAUUUCUUCCUGUUCUUUUGGAAUUUAUACUUUUUUUGCCCUUUUGGUUAAAUCUGUAUGGAUUAAUACGUGUAAAAUUCCUAUGGUUUGGCAUAUAGUCCUUACCUUGAGAGAAAACGGCUUUAAAUUUAAUUAAUUUCAGUGCUGGACGAUUAGGUUCUGA